GGGCAAGGCCAGGGACCAAACCCGCAACCUCAUGGUUCCUAGUCGGAUUCGUUAAUCACUGUGCCACGACGGGAACUCCAGAAGGUCCUCUUUUAGAUCUUGAGAACACGCUGAGAGCUUCAAAGAGUCUGAAAUGCUAUGUCCAAACACUUGGGUCAUUAGUUACAGAUAACAGUCCUCAAACAUCUGAGCGCACCCUCUUUAGGAAGAAGCCACGCCCCUCCUCAGUCUUUGGAAUAGCGUUCCCAGCAACCCUCCAGGUACAGCGUCCCCUUUUCUCCAGGUUAUCUGAGAUGGAACAUCGUGGACUACGCGUGCAGAUCUGGGGAAAAUACAUUACCCAGAAGGCUGUGCGAUGGGUGGCUGAGUCGAUCAGCCAAUUAGGUUAACUGAAGUUGCGUUUCCGUGUGAGCCAACAGCGUCAGGGCGGGACUUCCGGCAUCCACGUUGUGGGCGUCAUUUUGAAUAUGCUCGAGCUUUUUCACAAUUCAAAGGCUUCGGGUACCGGUGCCGGUAAGAGGUGACGAGGCCUUUAAAGUCCGAGAGGAGGCACAGCUCGGGCGGCAAAGAGGCGGGUCUGAGGUUCUGCGACGCCGCCCGGAGCGUCCCACACCCGCGUGGGAUACCGACUGCGGUGCCCGCGCCCCUCCUCUCCCGCUGCUCCCGGCUCAGCUCCGCCCACAGAGCCCGAUGGCGGCGACGGUGCUGUGGGACCCGCCUCAGGGUGGUGUGAACUUUGAGGACAUUGCUGUGUACUUUUCCUGGGAGGAAUGGAGGCUCCUUGAUGAGGCUCAGAGACGCCUAUACCUCGAUGUGAUGCUGGACAACUAUGCACUUAUAUCCUCCCUGGGUUGCUGCUGUGGAGCAGAGGGUUCAGAGGCACCUUUUGAACAGAUUGAUUCUCUAGGAGUGUCACAGGCCAGGAUAUCUGAGGCAGCUUUAUCUUCCCAGGAGACCCACCCCUGUGGGAUGUGUGGUCCAGUCUUGAGAGACAUUUUCCACUUGGCUGAGUCCCAGGAGGCAGAACACCACCAAAAACUGUUGAGGUGUGGAGCAUGUGCAAAACGAUUUUAUUUUGGUGCAAGCAUUCAACAGCACCAGGAGGAGCAAAUACGAGAAAAACCUUUCAGAAGCAGUGUGGAUGAAGCCUUGUUUGUGAAGAGCUGCAGACUCCUUGUGUCACAGAAGCCAUUUACCUGUGGGGAGUUUGAAAAAGACUUCCCGAUCAUCAUGGGAUGUCUGCAGCAACAGGCCACUCAUGCUGUAGAGAAGCCAAACAUAAUCGCCCAGUGUGGGUCAAGUUUACAAAGCAGGAAAAGUCAUCACACCUGGGGAGAGUGCAAGAAAGCCCUCAGCCCUGAACACACACUUCUUCAGGACCAGGGUGUCUACACUGGAAGACCUUGCUUUGUGUGCAGUGAAUGUGGGAAAACAUUUAGGUACAAAUCCUCAUUUGUUGUGCACCAGAGAGUCCACGUUGGAGAAGGGCUUCACAUGUGUGGUGAAUGUGGAAAAUCCUUUAGACAAAACUCAAGCCUCAGUCAACAUCGAAGUGUUCAUACUGGGGCAAUGCAGUAUAAUUGCAGCAAAUGUGGGAAAUCCUUAAGUCAUAAAUCUGUCAUCAUUUCUCCCCACACAUGGUGCAAUGGAGAGAAUAGUUAUGUGUGCAGUGAAUGUUCGAAGUCUUUUACCUCUAGCUCAGCCCUCACUUAUCAUCAGAGAUCUCACACAGGAGAAAGGCCUUAUGAGUGCAAUGAAUGUGGGAAAUCUUUCAUCUCCCGGCCUGCUCUCAGAUAUCAUCAGAGAUCUCACACAGGAGAGAGACCUUAUGAGUGCAGUGACUGUGGGAAGAGUUUUACCACUAGCUCUAACCUCCAUUAUCAUCAGAGAGUUCACACUGGAGAAAGGCCAUAUAAGUGCAGUGAAUGUGGGAAAUCUUUUAACAACAGAUGGGUUCUUAUUCAACACCAGAGAGUACACACAGGAGAAAGGCCUUAUGAGUGUACUGAGUGUGGGAAAUUGUUUAAGUAUGGAUCCCAACUGAAUCAACACCAGAAAGCUCACACCGGCGAAAAGCCUUUUAAGUGCUCUGAGUGUGGGAAAUCUUUUAACAAUAGGUGGACACUUAUUCAGCACUGGAGGGUUCACACAGGAGAAAGGCCUUUUGAGUGCAGUGAAUGUGGAAAAUUCUUUAAUCGAAGAAAUAACCUCAUCUUACACCAGAGAAUUCACACAGGAAUAAGGCCUUAUGCAUGCAACGAAUGUGGGAAGUCUUUUACAUUUAGUUCCAGCCUCCGUUAUCAUCAGAGAGCUCACACUGGAGAAAGGCCUUAUGAGUGUAAGGAAUGUGGUAAAUCUUUUAUCUCUAGAUCUGAUCUCCAUUAUCACCAUAGAGUUCAUUCUGGAGAAAGGCCUUUUGAGUGUAGUGAGUGUGGGAAAUCCUUUAUCCAAAGAAAUAACCUCAUAAUACACCAGAGAGUUCACACAGGAGAAAGGCCUUAUGUAUGUGAUGAGUGUGGUAAAUCUUUUACCUGUAGCUCUACCCUCCAUUAUCAUCAGAGAGUUCACACUGGAGUAAGGCCUUAUGUGUGCAGUGAAUGUGGGAAAUCAUUUAUUACCAUGUCUAAACUGCGUUGUCAUCAGAAAGGUCACACUGGAGAAAGACCUUAGGAGUGCACUGAAUGUGGGAAAUCUUUUAUAGGAAAACAUCAGAGAGUUCACUCUGUACAAAGGCAUAGACAUGAAGGGAAUACACAGUUUCCGUGGUCAGUAUCAGAGUGCUGGAGGAAACUUUCUGAGGAGCCAUCUCUCCACAUUGACUCCUCCUAUAUAUCUGAGCAUGCAAGUGGGGAGAGUCCCCUUAAGUUUGUUAUGUGGGAAGCACGUGUGGCUCUCUUGCACUUUCUAACCUGUCCAGGGCUAUUCCCAGAUGUGUGUCACUGCCAUCUCUGUGAUCAAGGCCAUUUCACUUCUACCACCUGGCAGAUCCCCACGGUGUGCAUCAGUCAUCAACCCAGUUCACUCAGGGAAGCUGAGCUCUGUCCUCCCAUGCAUUGUAGCAAAUUAGGAGUCACUUGAGCCCUCGGGGAGUCUUUCCCUCGACUCUCUUGGGCAUGGACCUGACCCAAUGUUGGUCCAUAGAACAUUGGAGUUUGCUAGCAGCUUUCCAACAAGGACUGAAAUUUUCCAGGUGUCAUGUUGAUAUCAUGUGAUAUUUGUGAUGAAUUUUUCCAGCUUGCAAGUUACGAACUCCAGAACUCUGGGCCACAUGUUACUUUGGCUUGAACAAUAACAGGCCUUACCCUUUAGGUCCUCGUUAACUUUGGGAGUUCUGUUCCCAUGUAGUUUAUGAACAGAUUUGUGCUCUGCAGGCAUGAAGGGGAGAAGAACUUUUUAUGGGCCUCACACCUCUGCCUAAGGAGGGACAACAGGACGACAGAAAAUAACAUAGUUUUGAACUUAUUUGUAUUGCUGCCCAGAGCUUCCUAGGGAAAACCGCAAAGCUUUUUCUUCCUCAUAUGAGACCUGUAUCCUUUUUCUUUUUUGACCACGCCCAUGGCAUGUAGAAGCUCCCAGGCCAAGGAUUGAACUCGAGCCAUAGCAGCAACCUGAGCCAGUGCAGUGACAAUGCAGGAUCCUUAACCCUUUGUGCCACAGGGAUAUCCUGUAUCCUGUAGUAUUUCGGACGACUCUGAGGAGGGGCAGGUGUGAGCAUCUUGAGUGCUUCUGAGAGCAGCAUGAGUUGUUUCUCUUACCCAGAGGAGAGCUCACAGGCACACCAGUGUAGUGAGGUUUAUCUUCCCCAGGUCUACAGAGACCUGUAUCUCCUCAUGACCAGAAUUCACUGGGCUAGGGUCUCUGAUUUUAAGACUCUUGGUUCCAGGGGAAACCAUAGUUGGUACAGAAACUCUGCUUUCAUAGAUGGUGUAAGAGACUGCAGUCAUUGAAGUGGAAUGUGCCACUUCUGAAAGUGUAUCCAGGAAUGUGUCUGCAACUGUGCAGACAAACUUCAAGACCUGUAGGCAUGUUUAUCUCGUGUAGCUGAAGACCUUGUCAGAGAAAUCAGGAGGUUUUCUGGCUUGCUGUAGCCUAUCACCGAUGUGUGCCUCGAGGCCCUUAUUCCCCAGGGAGGAUAAAAGGGGGAAAGGAGAUUCAUAUUCUGAGACUGUGGCUCUCUUGACCCACACAGCAUUGCUCUUGACUAGGUGAACAUGUUCACUGCUCCCCACUGAGGCAAGACUGACCCUCCAGAAGGCAUGAGGAGAGAGAUGGUAGAGUCAAUAUGCCCACCCUACUUUCCGUAAAGAGUGGGACAUAGAGAUUGUUUUAUCUUGAGCCAAUGUUUAAAGCUUCAUAAAAGUAUAAUUUACAUGUACUUAAUAGCUUAUAUUUAAAAUGUACAAUCUGAGGAGUUCCCUGAUUGGUGGUGUCACUGCUGUGACCUGGGUCACUGCUGUGGAGUGCGUUCAGUCCCUGGGCAAUUUGCAUAUGGGGCACAGCUAAAAAGAUAAAAUGUACAAUCUGUUAAGUUUUGAACCUCUGAAAACAACAUUGUAGUCCCAAUAAUGACCAUAUCUGUCAAGGUAUACUUACCUCAUGUCCUUUUAUAAUCUCUCCUUUCCCUUCCCACCUCUCAGGUAACCACUUUCCCUUACUAUAGGUAAAUCUUGCAUUUUCUAGUAUUUACAUGUUUGUAACCUAAACUGGUUUUUUGUUUUUUUUUUUUGUCUGACUUCUUUGUAAUUACUUGGGGGUAUGGUUAGCUCAUCUUUUUUUUUUUUUUUUUCUUUCUGAGUAAGAUUCUUAUCUUUGAAUAUGCCACUUUUGCUUUACUUACAACUUUAUGUGUCUUUAGGUUAUUUCUAGGUUGUGCUGAUUGGAAAUAAACCUGUUAAAACGUUUGUGUCAGUUUCUAUGGAUGUAUGUUUCUUUUAUCUUUUGUCAGUAACUUAGAAUGAGUCACAGGGUAGAUCUAAAAUGAUUGUACUUUUUUGCAUGUUAACCAUCAGUGUGUUAGAGUUUCCAUUUCUGGAGCCUAUUCUUGAUAGGGUCAGUCUUUUAUGUUAGGCCUUUUCAUAAGUGUAUAGUGCUAUCUCAGUGUGGUUUUCAUUGCAUUUUUCUUAUGACUCAUGAUUUUGCACAUUUUUCAUGUCUUCAUUUGCCACCUGUAUAUUUUUUGUGUGCUGUUUCAGUUGUUAUUUGCUUAAUUUUUUAUAUGCAUUAUGGCUACAUCCCUUUUCUUUUACAAAUAAGACACUGAAAAACAGACAUAUGGAAUUAUUUGCUGUAUGCAGUUUUUAAUACAAGUAGGAUAUUUCCUCAUUAUUUUUCCUCAUGUUUUCUGUUUCCUGUACAAUGUCAUGACUACAAACCCCACACACGUUUAAGAUUAGUCUGCAUUAUCAACAUACUCUCCAUCAUUUAAGUCGCAGCUUCAGUAAUACAGUAAGUAUAGCCCUGCUUUGUAGUGUUUGCCAAUUUCUGAAGUGUAAAUCCUCUCAUCACUAAUUUGGAAUGUGCUCUGAGGAGCUGAAAAAUUCUACUUGAGGUCCCCUGCUUUUUGGUGGAAAAACUAAUUUUUUGCAAGAGGACUUUACAAGACCAGGCAGAAGACGGGUACAGGAGCUGCAAGCUGAUAGGAGGCUAAAAGCCCUCAGAGACCUAAUUCUGGUUGCCCAAAGGAGAGGCAUGUCCCUGAACACUCUGGGGGGUGGGAGUCAGUGGAGACCUUGGCUGGCCUCACCUUUUUAGUGACAAAGUAUCACUCUAUCCUGAGUUGCUGCCUCUGACUGCACUCGUUCCCUUGCUGCAAGGAGUUCUCACCCUCUGAGCUCUCCCUAAGUUCUUUUCAUCUCUCCCUUUCUAUUAUUGUUGCCCAACUGUGGUUACUUUCUGUGGAUUUCGCCACCAACUUGUGCCAUGUUUUCAGACACUUGGACUCUAGGACCACAUGCUGGAUGCGGGGCCACUACCUACCUUCCUGGUUGGGGCAGUGCUUCUCAGAAGAACUUGGCCUGGGGAGUGUGCAGGGCAGGGGUCUGGGGCAUGAUCUCUCUGCUCUACACCUUAAGAGAGACCCUGGUUACGAACUGCUGAGGACCCUCUUCUGGUUCAUAGUUGGAUCCUCAUUGCUAUAUCUUCAUGUAGUGGAGGGAGCGAGGGGUCUCUGUGGAGUGGAGCCUCUUUUAUAAAGGCACUAAACCUAUUCAUGAGGACUCCACUUCUAGAAGUCCUCAAAGUCCCUACCUCCUACUAAUAUCAUCUUCUAGGGUUAGGGAUUUCAACAUAACAAGUUUAGGGGUCAUAAACAGUUUUUGGCGUCACUCCUGUCCCUAAAGUAGUUCUUUUAACAUUUCUUGCAAGGCAAAUGGUAUGAUUUAAAUGUUUAUUUUGAAGGCCUCUUGUAGCACAGUGGGUUAAGGAUCAGGCAUUGUCACUGCUGUGGCUCAGGUGGCAGCUGUCUCUUGUUCAAUCCCUGGCCUGGGAAUUUCCACAUGCAGUGGGUUUGACCAAAAAAACAAACCAACAAAACCCAAAUAUAUGUUGUCUACUGUGCAAUAAUUCAUUUUUACUGUUUUCAGCCUCUACGUUUGCUGUAAUUUAUUGCAUGGGGCAAUAAAAAAUGAAUAGAGGGACAGACGUGAAUAAAUGAAAUAACUGAGAAGAACAUAGAGCAAGUCAGUGAAUGCUCACUUUGUGAAGGUUGUUCGUGUGAGGUGGUGACAUCAGUAUGUUAAACUUUUAUCAAUUGUGGCAUCUUUGUUUAACAAUUCAUUAGCUGUCACUAGGCAACAGUGUAGUUUCAUAUUGAUCUUUCAUCACAAAAUUAUUUACAUGUGACUUAGUUUGAAAUGACCUUAGGAUUGCUAGGGGGAAAUGGUAGUUGGUGACCCAUCUAGCUAACUGGAAAACAUUGAAGUCUUUGUGAUAUACCAAAACACACCCUUGACAUGUUUGUAAAGAUUUUGUAAUGUAGGUAUGGGGAGGACACAGCCUCAUUACAGCCUAUUGCCCAAUAAAUGUUUACAGAAUAUAUGACAUUUUAUAAAUAUGAAGUUAUAUUCAAAGAAUCAUAUCAGUUUGGAAUUAAAUAAGCUUUUCAGUGUCAUCAUUUUGGCAUGUAAAUGACUAUACGGUUGUGCAUUCUCAUGGAGUAGAAAUCAGUCUGAGAGUUUACUGAGAUAAACUACAAAGCAGCAGCAUAAAAUGUCUAUAAACAAAGUUAAAAGAUCAAAUUGAGCUCUUGGCCUAGCACUAUCUUCUGAGAGACCUCUUCACCAUGAGAGUGAAGUGGAGAGCGAAGUGAAUGAACAGGCCGAAGCACAAAAGAAGAUGAGGCAGAAGCCCAAGUGAACUUGUUUAUCAAUGGAAGCCACAAGAACAGAAACAAGGAAAGACAGAGGCUACAGACCCUGGUACCAUUUGUUGGACUGUAUUCCUUCUGUCUGUAACUUGUCUCGAUGGAUCAAAAUCGCCAUUCUGAUUGCUUCGACCACCUUUGAGAUUCACCUUGCUCAUGACAAAAUGGUCCCUUUUGGUUCUUUGCCGUGGACUUGUGACAUUCUGAACUAGUUUUAUCCUGAGUUGUGAUUGAAGUAACACAUGUAUGUACAGUAAAUCAUCUCUUCUGUUUUUGCUGAUGAAAAAAAAACAAGAUCAAACUGAGUGGUUGCAGAAGCUAAAGAGGGUAGUGGAGUGUGGCUGCAUUAUUGGAUAUGGGUAUAUUUUGGGGUAGUGAAAAUGUUUGGAAAAAGAUAAAGCAAUGGUUGCAUAACCUUGUGAAUACACUAAUGCAAUUGAAUUCUACACUUUAAGAUGAUAAAAUGGUUAAUUUUAUGUUACUUGAAUUUUACCUCAAAUUUUAUUUUAUGUUUUUUUAGUGCUGCACCUGUGGCAUAUGGAGGUUCCUAGGCUAGGGGUCGAAUUGGAGCUGUACCUGCCAGUCUACCCUCAGACACAGCGUGUGGGAUCUGAGCUGUGUCUUCAACCUAUACCACAGCUCAUGGUAACGCCAGACCCUUAACCCACUGAGCAAGGCCAGGGAUUGAACUCAUGUCCUCAUGGAUAUUAGAUGAGUUCAUUAACCACUGAACCACGACGGAAACUCCUUUGCCUCAAAUUAUAAACUGAUCCUAUUCUCUUGUUCUGUUGACUCAUUUAUCGUUAUGUAAUUACUUUUUUCUCAAAUUAGUGUCUUUGGCUUCAAGUUUGAUUUGUUUGAUGAACUGAUGAAAUAUAGCUAUCUGUAAGCUUU